GUGACGAGGAACUAACUGAAUGUAGUGAAGUUUCACAAGACCCACAGUGACUGACUGUAACGUGUUCGCAGCAGACAAACAGUUUAUAUCCCGCCUUUUUCUCUAAAGAAGGGAAAUAAAACCAUUUACCAUAGAUAUAAAUUAUUUCAGGGAUUAGCGUCUGAACUGACAGGAGUCCCAGUCUGGCUGCAGGCACGUGUUCAAGAGAGGUAGAUCUUUCCACCUACACUAACAGAGCAGCGAUGGCUCCUUCUCUGGCCCAGGCCUAUCGUAGGCGCUGGUGGAUGGCGGUGACUGCGGUCAUAGAGAACCUGCUGUUCUCUGCUGUGCUGCUGGGCUGGGGAUCGCUACUCAUCAUGCUCAAGAACGAGGGCUUCUACUCACACCUCUGCAUAAACAAUGAGACAGUGUUCAGUAACAUCAGUUCGUGGGACAGUGGUAUCUGGCAUAGCUGCGUGGACCAGGAAGAGAUGUUGAAUCUGGGCUUUACCAUUGGCUCCUUCCUGCUGAGUGCAGCCACUCUGCCGCUAGGUAUCCUGAUGGACAAGUACGGGCCCCGCCCACUCCGCCUCCUCGGCAGCGCGUGUUUUGCUUUCUCUUGUGCCAUGAUAGCUGGAGCUGCCUAUAACCCUGAAGAACUCUCGGCCCUCAUUUUCAUCGCGGUCUCCUUCAACGGCUUUGGAGGAAUCUGCCUGACCUUCACCUCCCUCACGUUACCCAACAUGUUUGGGAACGUGCGCUCCACCAUCCUGUCUCUAAUGAUCGGCUCCUACGCCUCUUCAGCCGUCACAUUCCCUGGAGUCAAGUUGAUCUAUGAUCUAGGUGUGUCCUUCAGGGUGAUCAUGUGGGUGUGGUCGGGGCUAGCCGGUCUCGUCUUCCUCAACUGCUUCCUUAAUUGGCCGAUGGAGGCUUUCCCCGCACCCGAGGAGAUCAGCUACACCAAGGAGGUGAAGCUGAGUGGCACGGUGAUGGAUGACAAGCUGACGGGGGACAGAUUCUACAGUCAUGUGACCACGUUGGGAGAGAAGAUGGCGCCGAAGCAGCAGGAGGCAGAUCCCUCUUCAGAGCACCUCCCACCUGGAGAGCAGACACAGGGUGGCCCUCCGUUUCGUAGUUCAGUCUGCUCGCCCAUCUUCCUGUGGAGUCUCAUCACCAUGGCAAUGACCCAGCUGCGCAUCAUCUUCUUUAUGGGCGCCAUGAACAGGAUGCUGGAAUUCCUGGUUACCCACGGAGACCCACACCCCUCUAAGGAUCUAUUGAUGGAGGCAGAGACACAAGUGGGUUUCUACUCGUCAGUGUUUGGCUCCCUGCAGCUGCUCUGCCUCCUCACCUGUCCUCUGAUUGGCUACAUCAUGGACUGGAGGAUGAAGGAGUGCGACGUAGACCAGAGCCAACUUGAACCCCCGAAGAGAGACAGGAAGAUCCAGAAACUGACCAAUGCCAUCCGCGCUUUCAUCAUCACCAACGUUCUACUGGUCAUCUUCGGAGUCAUCCAGAUGCUAGACAACCUGCCUGUACAGAUAAUUUCUUUCAUCGUCCACACCAUGGUCAGAGGUUUCGUCCACUCCUGUGCUGGAGGACUCUAUGCUGCUGUAUAUCCGUCCAAUCACUUUGGGACAUUGACGGGGAUGCAGUCGAUGAUCAGCGCGCUGUUCGCUCUCCUCCAGCAGCCUCUCUUCGUCAUCAUGGUGGGACACCUGGGAGGAGACCCCUACUGGAUCAACCUGAGCCUGCUCAUUGCCUCAUUGGCUGGAUUCCUGUUGCCUGGAUACCUGAUCUAUCACCGUAGGAACCUGAUGCGAGAGAAGGUGGAGAAGCGUGAGAGGGAGGCCGCUAACCAAUCAGAAAGAGAGAGAGAAACCUUAAGGCAAUCAGAAAAUGGCCAUACCAAAAACCAUACGAAUGGACAUCUCAGCAAUUAGGCCUAAGAAUCUUGACCGAACUAACAGUCAAAUAUCAUCGUCGUUAAUUGUAAAAUAUCAUUAUAGACCAUCGUCAUGAUGAUGACAUUGAUGGUUGUCAUUUUCAACAAGGACAGUGAUGACAAUGUUGUGCACUGGAGUUUGGACUUGAGUCCAUUAAUCCGUUUUUAAUUUGACAUCAAAAUACACACUCAAUAUACUCAUGACUGUUUUAGGUAUGACAUGCCAAAGAAAUCCUAAAAUAUACAUUUAACUCAUAUUUAUUUGAAUUAAAACCAUGGAAAUCUCAAUGGCAAUCGAGGUUCGGCAAUUCAAUAACUAAGCAAUAAUAUUUCCGAUGACCAAAAAUUACAUGAAGGUUAUUAGUACCAUUUCAGGUCACCCUUCAACCAACCGGAAGCACAGCUCUCAGUAUUCUGUAGUAGACAGGAACGGAAUCUCUUUCGCCAUCAGAUUGGCUGGUGUAACGUUGAACUACCGCCCCCACCCAACCACACCACAGUCACUUCAUUCAUUUAGGCCUAGCAGCCAGUCUGGUAGUAAUAUUUUAUCAGACAGUGUUUGUUGUUCUUUCCCGGUUCCCUCCCUGUAUCUAUACUUGUCUUUAUUUUGUCUGUACAUCCAGCGGAGAAUACAGAUUAGGAGGAGACAAAGUGGGAAUGGUGGAGAAAGGGAACCUCAGUUUCCAAAUCCAUGUGCCUAGACCACCAGCCCAUGGGGCCUGCACAUCCAUAUCAUUUUGACUAUCAAUCUGCACUUGCAAUCUUUCCCUGUGUCCCCUUUAUGUCCAUGUCAGACCUGUCAUUAUGUCCACCUGAAAUCUUUCCCUGUGUCCUCUUUAUGUCCAUGUCAGACCUGUCAUUGUAAGUCCACUAAGUGCUAUGCCCACUUGGUCAAGUCUGCGGCUGUGUCUGAAAUGGCACCCUAUAUAGUGCACUACAUUUAACCAGGGCCCAUAGGGUAAAAGUUUGGACACACCCUGGGUCACUACCGCUAUGUCCCUGUGUUCAUCCCAGAGUUAGUAUUUGAAAUGUCUCCGUGCAUCACAAUGUGUCCACCCGAAAUGUGGGCUGAGUCCCAGAUGGCACCCUAUUUCCUAUAUAGUGCACUACUUUUGACCAGAACCAUAUAUGGGCCCUGUUCAAAGGCAGUAUACUACAUAGGAAAUUGGGUGCCAUGUGGGACACAACCUAGGUUUUGAGAUGACAUCAUUAGCCGUUGUCAUUUCUGCCAAUCAUAGCUAAAUUCAGGACAGUGGUACGGUGUGUGAGGUGUUGUGCAGGCACAGCCUAGUUUGUAAGAAUAUUGAUGGAACUUUGUUUUUAGAGAAUCAUGUUAUUGAACUUGUUGCAUAUCAUGAAAUUGGAACGUGAAAUGUCUGUAUAGUUAUAUAGAAAUGCCAAAUCAGUACCUGUCACCGAAACCUUUAAGGUCAGCUAUUGCACGUGAGCUUUUACGGAGAGUUGUAGAUUAGUUUUACAGAAGAGUAUUUAUUUGUAUAAACGUGGGAAAGAGUACUUGUCGAAACCUGAUUCAAUCUGGAGAACCAACCAACCAUCUUGACAUUUUAAACAGUAUUUACAGUUAACAGUACCGUAUGAGAGAAAAUCACAGACAGGUGUGUUGCUCAAAUCAACUCCAAAAGCUGGUUGAAUCUGACCAACCAACCGUGUUCAGUGUUUAAAAACAACACAUUAUUUACAGUUAACAAUACUGCAUGAGGUCAAAUAAAACAGUAUUUACAGUUAACAGUACUGUAUGAGGUCAAAUAUAACAAACUGUAUUACUAGCUAGCAGUACUGUAUGAAGUAAGAUGGAUGCACCUGAACCCUGAUAUCACUGUCCCCAUGACAACGACAGUAGAACCACCUCAUUGCAGCAGGGCUGCAUUUAGCAGGUACAUUGUGGCUGCUAGGCUAUUUAUUUAGGGUACAGAACAUCCCAAAUGGCAUCCUAUUCCUUAUAUUGUGCACGACUUUUGACCAGAGCCCUAUGGUGGCUAUGGUCAAAAGUAAUGCACUAUAUACACUAUAUAGGAUAUGGGGUGUCAUUUGGGAUAGAGACAGUGUGUAUGUAGUAGCGCUUGAAUCUAAAAGAUAACUGUCAUGUAAUAAUGAAUUGAAUUAUUCAUAAAUGAAAUGUGUGUGCUUUAUUGUAAGUGCCUGGGAAGCAAGUCUUUUUUUGUGCUAGCCUGGUCCCAGAUCUGUUUGUGCUCUUGCCAACUCCAUUGCUCAUUGUCAAGCCAAACAUGGCAUGACAAUAAGUGAAAAGAAGUUGACAUGAUCGCACGAACAGACUGGCACUCGGGUAUGCGUAGUACCUAUAGAAGCCUGAAAUGCACUAUGAGAAUGUAAAGCCAUAGUUUUGCUCCGUAUGCUCGUUGGAUGUUCUCUCAUCUUUUUAAGACUUGAGAGUUGCUUUGCUAUUUAUUUGAUUUGCGCAUCCCGAAAAAUAACAUUUGGUUCAUCCACAUCACAGUUGCUCUCCAACUAUGAGAGUAGGAGUGGUGAUCUAGGAUCUGUUUAGCCUUUUAGAUCAUAAUGAAUUAGAUAACAUGGACAGGGGGAGGUGACCUGAUCCUAGAUCAGUACUGCUACUCUGAGAUGCUUUAUGAAUACAGCAACUUUCCCAUAUUUCCACCGCUGUGUGUGAGAACAUCCAUUAUUAUAACUGAUCUUAUAACAUUUGUAAUAAUAAGAUCAUAUUAUGCGGGCCAAUGUGGUGAAGAGAAUGUAAGAGGAUCCAGAACAAUGUAUUAUAAAUAGGCUUUGAAUAGAAAAUGUCAUAUUUAAAGACAUGCUCCGGAACUUUGAUGACAAAUAAGUAUUUUUUUCCAACCGCCCGCUUUGGGUUGGAUGUGUUAAUGUGUGGUUCAUACAUGCAUAAUUACUGUCUUGCCUCAAUUAGCCACAAAAUCCAGAGUUUGAAAGCGACUGUUUUCUGGAAGCUGUGUGGCGCCAUUUUCCAUACUAUUUCACCCACACGGGAAAGCCCCCUAGCAACGAGGUUCAGCCAAUGAGCUUUUAGCCCCUCGCCAUUUGAGUGACAGUUAGCAAGAUGCACAAACAGCAGAGCGAGAGAGAGAGCAAGCAAAGAUGUGGUGCACAUAUCUGCACAUAUGUGACGUAGUACGCAAUUUCCGGGGACCACUUUUGGCUAGUGAGCAUUACUUUCAGAACUACUGGCUAACAAGUAUACACAAGUACCGGAGAAUCUCUUUAAGUGAUUUCACUGAUGUUUUUGGGGUGCUUCUCUUUGUGAAGUAAUAAAUUAACAGAUUUCAACUUG